AACAUUGGCUUGGAAGGAAAUUCUAUGCUGCAUCGUAAUAUUAUGGAGCUGCCUGAUGGAUCAUGGCUCACAGUUUGUUCACGCUCUUGAUUUGGUUAUCGGCGAAACCGUUUCCCAACAAAAGUCCCAGCAUCCCUGCUGUCAGUCUAAUAAAAUUUAAUGGACACAAGACAUUGUAGUAUCUGUAAUACGAAUAGAUCGUUGCCUUUUGAUCAGUGAUUCAGUACCCAACAUAAUUUUAUCGAUACACAACAAAAAGCGCAGUUUUCUAAGGAGUGCGAGACGAUGAUGUGUGUGCCCAUUUUGAUCCUACUGCAUUUUGUAUCAGUGUCGCUCGGGGACAACUAUCAGCUGUUCGUUACUCGGCCGGAAGUACGGACCAAUCCACAGGACGGCAUAAUCGACGUUACUGACAAUCUGGAGACACUAAUACUCGAUAUUGCCAAGGAUAUGAGAGCGGAGAUCCCAGAUAAGCUAGUAAACCAGACGGUAUCGAAGCCGCCGCUUUACUCGCCAUCCUCUGAAGCACCCCAGCGGACCGCGCUCCCGACUAAUCCCAACCACACAGCCGCCCUGGAAACUCGCGAUGAUCAGAGGAGUUUUCUAGAUAGGGCAGGUUUCUGGCCGACUGUCCGGAAACAAAGCAACUGGGCUUCAUUCUGUAUGGGAGCUUUAAUGGGAUUCUUCGUAGGGAUUACGCCUUUUGUGUUGGGUGAAUUUUAACCAGUAAACUUUGAUUGUGACUGUCAAACAGUACUUUUUUAAUAAACGCACAUGCCAUUCUCUUAAAAAAAAUUUAAUUAAAAAUUUUGAAAAUUUCGUACCGGAAAAAAGUUUGACGAAAUUGCAGGGUCACAAGCCGGGUCAAAUACAUUUGGUGAUUUCAACUGGUACCAUGGCUAACGAUUUACAAUAAUACGUUUUGAUGGUUUUGGUAGCUAACAAAUUUGUCAAUAAACU